AUGCUUUUUGAGGGCUUGGAGCUGGUGUCGGCGCUGGCCACCCUUGCCGCAUGCCUGGUGUCCGUGACGCUGCUGCUGGCCGUCUCGCAGCAGCUGUGGCAGCUGCGCUGGGCUGCUACCCGCGACAAGAGCUGCAAGCUGCCCAUCCCCAAGGGCUCCAUGGGCUUCCCGCUCAUCGGAGAGACCGGCCACUGGCUGCUACAGGGUUCCGGCUUCCAGUCGUCGCGGAGGGAGAAGUAUGGCAACGUCUUCAAGACACACUUGCUGGGGCGGCCGCUGAUUCGGGUGACGGGCGCAGAGAACGUGCGCAAGAUUCUCAUGGGUGAGCAUCACCUCGUGAGCACCGAAUGGCCGCGCAGCGCGCGCAUGCUACUUGGCCCCAACACGGUGGCCAACUCCAUUGGCGACAUCCACCGUAACAAGCGCAAGGUCUUCUCUAAGGUCUUCAGCCAUGAGGCCUUGGAGAGCUACUUGCCCAAGAUCCAGCUGGUGAUCCAGGACACACUGCGUGCUUGGAGCAGCCAACCUGAGGCCAUCAACGUGUACCAGGAGGCACAGAAGCUCACCUUCCGUAUGGCCAUCCGGGUGCUCCUGGGUUUCAGCAUUCCUGAGGAGGACCUCGGACACCUCUUUGAGGUCUACCAACAGUUUGUGGAGAAUGUCUUCUCCCUCCCAGUCGACUUGCCCUUCAGUGGCUACCGUCGGGGCAUUCAGGCUCGGCAGAUCCUACAGAAGGGGCUGGAAAAGGCUAUCAGGGAGAAGCUGCAGUGCACCCAGGGCAAGGACUACUCAGACGCAUUGGAUAUCCUCAUCGAGAGCAGCAAGGAGCAUGGGAAGGAGAUGACCAUGCAGGAACUGAAGGAUGGGACCCUGGAGCUGAUCUUCGCAGCCUAUGCUACCACGGCCAGUGCCAGCACCUCACUCAUAAUGCAGCUGCUGAAGCAUCCGGCAGUACUGGAGAAGCUGCGGGAGGAGCUGCGGGCCCAGGGCAUCCUGCAUAGUGGUGGCUGUCCCUGCGAGGGCACCCUACGCCUUGACAUGCUCGGUGGGCUUCGCUACCUGGACUGUGUUAUCAAGGAGGUCAUGCGUCUUUUCACACCCAUCUCUGGUGGCUACCGCACUGUGCUGCAGACCUUCGAGCUUGAUGGUUUCCAAAUCCCCAAAGGUUGGAGUGUCAUGUACAGCAUCCGGGAUACCCAUGACACAGCCCCUGUGUUCAAAGACGUGACUGUGUUCGACCCUGACCGCUUCAGCCAGGCGCGGAGUGAAGAUAAGGACGGUCGCUUCCAUUACCUCCCAUUUGGUGGUGGCGUCCGGACCUGCCUGGGCAAGCACCUGGCCAAGCUGUUCCUGAAGGUGCUGGCAGUGGAGCUGGCCAGCACCAGCCGCUUUGAGCUGGCCACCCGGACCUUCCCCCGCAUCACCUUGGUCCCUGUCCUGCAUCCAGUUGAUGGCCUCAGUGUCAAGUUCUUUGGCCUGGACUCCAACCAGAAUAAGAUUCUGCCGGAGACAGAGGCCAUGCUGAGCGCUACAGUGUAGCAGCUCUAGAUCCUCACCCCACCUCAGCCCAGCCCUGCAGGGGUGGGGUGACAGAGGUAGAAACCUGUGUGUGGGAGGGGCUGGAAUGGGAGGACAAGCAGUCCCCAUACUUGCCCUCCCUGACCCCCUUCCCUGGAAAACCCUACCCAAAGCCA